UAUUUUCCUUUCACAAUUGUUCAACACGACAGCGUUUGAGACUUCCUCGUCGCCGUCGGGGCUUUUCCUCUUUGCGCUGUCUCCCUCUGCAAGAAACCUCAAACCUCAAACCUCAUAUAAUUCUAAGCUAUAGCUUUCUUCCAUCUGAAACUCCAGAUUUGAUCUUCGAGUGCAAAAUGGGCGACAGCCAGUACUCAUUUUCUCUUACCACUUUCAGUCCUUCUGGGAAGCUUGUUCAGAUUGAACAUGCCCUAACAGCAGUUGGAUCGGGCCAAACAUCUUUAGGAAUCAAAGCUGCUAAUGGAGUUGUCAUCGCAACAGAGAAGAAGCUACCAUCUAUUUUAGUUGAUGAAACAUCUGUUCAAAAGAUUCAGAUAUUAACACCUAACAUUGGAGUUGUUUAUAGUGGCAUGGGUCCUGAUUUCCGAGUUCUGGUUCGAAAAAGCAGGAAGCAGGCAGAGCAAUAUCACCGAUUAUACAAAGAACCAAUUCCCGUUACACAACUUGUGAGGGAAACUGCUGCUGUCAUGCAGGAGUUCACUCAGUCUGGUGGUGUCAGGCCUUUUGGUGUAUCACUGUUGGUUGCAGGGUAUGAUGACAAAGGUCCACAAUUAUAUCAGGUGGAUCCAUCAGGUUCAUAUUUCUCUUGGAAAGCUUCAGCUAUGGGGAAAAAUGUUUCUAAUGCAAAGACUUUUCUUGAGAAGAGGUAUACAGAUGAUAUGGAGCUUGAUGAUGCAGUUCAUACAGCAAUAUUAACAUUAAAAGAAGGGUUUGAAGGACAAAUCUCCGGCAAAAACAUUGAGAUUGGCAUAAUCGGUGCAGACAAAAAAUUUCGGGUGCUAACGCCAGCUGAAAUUGAUGAUUACUUGGCUGAAGUAGAGUAGCCUGUUUUUGUUCUGCUGCAACUUGAAAGGAUUCUCUAUUUCAUUUGCCUAAAGAUAGAAAUUAAGGGACAUUAGUUCUGAACUUUAAUGGUCAGCAGUUUGUAGUUAUUGUUCCUUUUUUCCUUCAAUCCAAACCCAUUGGACAUGAGUGUAUUGAGUUUCUCGUUUCAAACUACGAACAAAAUUCCUUUGGCAA